GCCAUCGAAGACAGGGCGCAGCGUUCCAAAGCCCUUGCCGCAAGGCGGUUUUUGUUGAACCAAGAGGACUGCUCCUAUGUCCAGUUCGAGGCCGAGCACCACGAGUUCCUGGAGAAGCACCCUGCUGCCACUGAGCGCCAACGGCGCCGCCGCCUGCAGUUCAUCGAGGCGCCGGCAGUGGAGACGGCCGCGUGGCCGCACCUCUUCUUCUCGGAUGGCAUGUGCUUGACGGCGGUCCGCAACACGGACAUUCGCCGCCGAGGCCGUGCGGCCGGGCCCACCUUGGAGGAGUUCGUGCGUGGCCGCCCUCGUUCUCGGGCAGACUCGGAGGACGAAGAGGAGGACAACGCAGAUGGCCAACGCCAUAGCGUCAAGCGAGCCUACGCCGCGUUGGCCGUGUGCGCUCGCAUUGGCUACGGCAGCUCCUAUGAAGUGCUGCACUUCGCCUACGACUUGACGCUCUGGUCGGCCCUGGGCGCGAAGAAGCGCACCAGCACCGAUUGGGACAUACCCAUGCGGGUCCUCAUAAAAGGGCACUCUUUCAGUCCCCUCUACUGGCGGUCUGUGCACUGGGCGCUCAUCGACUUGGUCCGGCAGAUGGGCUACCCGAAAGUUUUCUGGACCAUGUCGCCCUAUGAGUUCUCCAUGCCGUACCAUGCCUGGCUGCUGGAUGAGCUCGCCAAGGACCUGCGCGGCCGGCUGCACCUGGCCGUCCCGGAGAGCUUGCACGUGACCCAUGUGCUGUUGCAGGUCAUCCGAGGUCUGUUGGCGGGGAAGACCGGAGUGAGAUCCAAGGAUCCUUGGAAGCGCCACCUCCUGCAAGCCCUUGACGCGGACGGCCGGCCACACCCUGUCCAAGUCUUCCUACGGGUCGAGUUUCAAGAUGGCACCCGGAAAGCCCCCACACAAGACUACCAUGGGUCCGGGCGACCGCACGUCCAUGUGCUGAUCUUCUGCUCCUCCGCCGCCGUGGCGGCCAUGAGCCUUCCGCAGGCCGUAUCGGCCGCGAUGCCCGAGCCCGAGGAUGAAGCCGACAUCUUUCCCGGCGUGGUGCGGAGCUCGCAGUGCGAUCGCUCUGGCCGCAGUGGCUGGCCGGUGGAAUCGCAGGACAAUCGCUGGGACGCAGAGGCCAAGAAGCUGCGUCUGAGGCAUCCGCCUGCGGACCAUGCCCGUGGGCUGCGGCCCUUCUUCGUGGACGUGUUGGAUGCCCUUCGUUGCCACCAAGAUUUUCAAUUCGCUGACGACGACGGUGCCUUGCGCGCCUACGUCGCCAAGUAUGUCAGCAAGUUCAGUGAUGCCAGCCAGGAGGAAUGGCUGAAUGACAAGGCCUCCGGUGACAGCAUCGCGGCGACGGUCCUCUGCCGCUACAAGCCUCUGGAACCAGAAAUGGCCCUCCAAAUGUUCGGAGCGAGAUUCCGGCAGUGGUUUGUCACCACGGAGACACGUGGGAAGCGGGACUUCGUGGUCCCCUGGCCGGAGAAAGACCUGCAGCCUAAGGAGGUGCAACUCUACAUGGACGCGGGCUGGGCAGCCGGCAAGAUCUCCUUGCUUGACUUCUUGCGGAAGACGGGAUCCAACGGGCAGAUCUUGGCUUGGCUGAAGAAGCUCCACGCUGCCAGUGGCUCGGACGAAUCCUUGGGGGACUUCGCAGCGCAAUAUUCGGUGCAGGGGGAGAAGGUGGUUGCAGCCGAGUGCCUGUCCAAGUUCAAUGACCUCUUCUUUGGGCAGUGGUUGAUGUUGCACGUACCCUUUACUGACCCGCGUGACUUUGUGGUGCCCGUGGCCGCGCAGUUGGCCAAAGUGCCCGAGGAGCACCGGUGCUUUGCCAUGGCCAUGUUGUGCGAGCACCCCAUCGCUCUGGCCAUGUGGCACUCCGAGGCGGCCAUCGAAGAGGAGCUGCGCAUGGAAGCCACGUCCAAGCCUUUCGUGCAGACCACCCUGGCCAUGAUUGCAGCGCAUCGACAGCUCGUGCAAGACUACGUGGCUGGCCGCCUCGAUGCCGCCGCGGAGGCUGCGGCCCGAGAGGCAGCCAAGGAGCAGGCGCGGCCGGAUGGAGCGGGGCACCUCCUUGCAUUCAAUCGUCAACAACGACACUUGCAAGGCCGGGUGGAUGAAGCAGUGGAUCGAUCUUUGCGGGCCCGCUGCGCCGAGAGCGAGGCAGCCGCCGAUGAACUGUUGGAGCAAGCCUACAAGGAUGGAAAGAUCUUCGUCUGCACCGGUGGUCCCGGCACCGGCAAGACAACUGUGGCCUUGGCUUGCUUGACUCGUGCUGUCGAGCUCGGCGGCAAGGUUUUGUUCGCCUAUCCCACCAACCGACAAGCCAGUCGGAUGCGGGCCCGCUUGCCGGAGGAGGUGGCCGUGGACACCUACCACGCGGCCUUUGGCUUGGAUGAAGAGCCCGGCUCGGUCGUGGUGGCGCUCUCUCACUAUGACCUUGUCCUGAUCGACGAGAUCUCCCACCUCCAGGCAGAACACUUCGAGCACAUCUGCCGUCUUUGGAACCAAGCGGACAACCUGCCGGCCAUCCUCUUGACGGGCGACGAGCUCCAGCUGAGUGGCUUCGGUGAGCGGCGUGCUUGGCACAGCCGGAUGUGGAAGGGCAUGACGUUUCGGGCGAAGCUCCACGAAGUCUACCGGUGCAAAGAUCCCGAAUUCAACGCGAUCCUGCAGGAGCUGCGGACCAGCCGCCCCAGUGCAAAGACCCUCAAGUGGCUCCAGAAGCGCAAGGCCUGGACGCCUCCCCACAAAUUGGAUGUCUCGGCCGCGCGGAAGCUGCUCAAAUCCCAUCCCGACACGGUGGUCUUGACCUGCACACGGAAGGGGGCGCAGACCAUCAACGAGCUCGCCCUCCAGGCGCUGUUCCCGCGCUUUCCUCCGCUCGCUGUCCUGGAUGGAGAUGUGGCUUCCAAUCCCGAGAAUUACCACGAGGGAGCCCUGCUGGAAGACCUCCGCGCCUUGCGUCCGCUCCGCCUGCCCAUCUUCAAGGGAAUGCGAGCGGUGUUCACGCGCAAUGUCCGCAAAGAUGUCGACUUCGUGAACGGCAUGGACUGCGUGGUGCAAGGCUCCGUGGGUCGCACCAAGGCCGUGGAAGUGUUGACGGCCACGAACCACCGGGUCAUGGUGUGGCCCUGGACCGAACCCGAGCUCGGCAACCUCAGCUACUAUCCCCUGAAGGCGGGGUAUGCCGACACCAUCAUCAAAUACCAGGGCGCAGAGCUGAAACACGUCACUGCCUUCUUGGAUUGUCCGGGGAUCCCUGGGGCUGCGUACACCGCCCUCAGACGAGUCAGUUUCGGCAAGGACUUGCUGGUCGGUGGCGUGGUGACCGCUGCGCACUUUCAGCCGGUCGACGAGUCCUGA